AUGUCGGCAUCGUCAAUCCCACCAAUAUACCUGGGAGUACAGUUUAAAAAUGGGAAAACCUCUAGUCACAUCUUCGACCCACUUCUUCAACGUCUGGCGCGGAAAGCUCAAGGAUGGAUGACUAAAUGCCUUAAUCAAGCAGGAAGAAAUGAUUUAAUUUUCAAACAACAUCGUACAAACCCAGACAACAUCUUGGCACUUACCCUGCAACAACAACAAGAGUUCGAAUGGGCAAAACAAGUUUUACCCCAAGUUUUACCAGGGCAUACACCAUCCAGAGCACCCCCAACAAACACCGGAGAAACAACAACGAUAUUAGCAGGAUGGACCAGACCAGAUCCGGAUUGGAUAAAGAUCAACACGAAUGGGGAUGCUAGAGGACAUCCGGGAAUGACGGGAGCAGGUUUUAUUUGCAGGGAUUCGACGAAUCAAACUGCAAUGGCUCUAGCGCAACCUCUAGGUAUCACUACGGCGCUAAUAGCUGAAACGUGGGGGAUUCUGCUAGCUUCAAGGACAGCAAUUGAGAGACAAUGA